UGUGGUGCAUUGUUGGUGCACAUCGCCAUCAUGUGGCCAAAAUAUUCAUUACAAGCUCGCACUAAUGGAAUUCCAUGAGAAGGUUUUGCUUUGACAAAUCCUUCUACUUUUUCUUUCGGCUGGUCCAAACUUUACAAAAUAUAUGAUGAGGUUCUCAACCUCGAGAAAUUAUUAUUAUUUUUUUUAGUGGGGAGAUAAUUAUUGGCUGCAUGCUUUUACAACACUGCGUACACUUUUAGCAGAUGCAUCCCAUUUCAGGUCCACGCCCUGAUCACCUUAGAAACGGGUAAUUGCGUUACAAUUAGUGGUACCGACAUACUAGCGCGUGCCAUUCCGAGGUGCGAUGGGAACCUUCCCCGGGCGCCGUAUCAGCCCGUGGUUGCUCGGAACGUCGUCGGGAUGUGCAGCUCAGUACGAGCAGAACCGACACAUUCGAUAAGGCAGAUGGACUGACCUAUACUUGGCAAUAAGCCGACACUUUUGGAAUUAAAGUUGCAGAAAAUGAAGUACUUGUUGCUUUGAGUAUUGCAAACUAGCGGCGCAGUGAGCACGUUGGACUUUCUGAAAAAAGAGACUGGAUGGCUCAUUGGCCAUCAAAACUGAAGUCGCCAUCUUGAUACUCCCAAAACAAGCGUGCCGACCUGUGCAGCGACAGUUUCGUGGCUGUGAGAAAACAUUCCACAGGUCUGCAGAGUGCGUGCAGUGACGUCAGCGUGCACUCUCAAAGCCCCCGCGGAGAUUCUUUUGUCGGCGUCGUGAAUGGGGGCUCAGUUCUCGCUUCUCGGUAGCCCCGCUCGACGUGCUUCGUGGUCCCACGCCGUCAUCUUCAUCCACUUGUUACGCCGUGAAUGAGGAGGAGGAGGAGGAGGAGAAGAAAUGUCGCCAUUCGCCGCUUGCUGCCGAGGGGUGUACAGCUGCCGCUGGAAACGCUUGAGGAAAGGCGGGGAGAACAAAUGUUCAUGCUGUUGGUUCUCAGUCCUCACCCUCAUCACCCUGCUGUCCGUUUUCUGGAUGUACAUCUGUCUGGUCACUUCCAAUGACCAAGAGGAUGUCAAUUGGAAAGGCUUUGUCAAGUUGCGGCGGUGGGUGAACUGGUUCAUGGUGCUGGUCGUCACUUCGGCAGUGUUGACCAGCUACUGCGUGCUGCUGCUGCUUUUUGCCUUGUUUCAAGUCGCCUUGGCGGAACCGCUGAACUUACAUUGGCUACAUAAGUGCCUUCUAUUUCUCGGUUUACUUUUUAUCUCUGUUGGACUCAUUGGAAUAAGUCUCCAGUGGAAACGAGAAUGGCCGACGGUACUUCUAUCGCUGCAGGCGACUGCUCCUUUUGUGCAGUUUGGUGCUGUCGGAGGUUUGGUCCUGCUGAGCCCGUUUGUCUUUGAGGGAUUCCGCACGGCCAAAACAAAAUGUAUAAAAUGGAAUUCACGCUCACACUUCCUGAUGGUGUCGGUGUAUGCUGCAGUGUCAGCAGCCAUCCUCCUGUGCCCUUUACUCAUCCGCUCACCUUGUCUAAUAGACCACAGCGACCUGCCUCAAAAGCCAAAACUUGUCGGCCACCGGGGUGCCCCCAUGCUGGCCCCAGAGAACACCAUGAUGUCGUUCCAGAGGAGCCUCCAAUGCGGCGUGGCGGCCUUCGAGACGGACGUGCAGAUCAGUAAGGACAGAAUUCCGUUCCUGAUGCACGAUGAACACUCGGGCUUCUUAAGGAGAACGACAGACGUCAGAAAGAAGUUUCCGGACAAAGAUUUCAACCGGAGUUCCGAGCUGACCUGGAAGGACUUGCAGAGUCUGAACGCGGGGGAGUGGUUCCUACAGACGGAUCCGUUCCGUUCGUUGGCCGGCCUUUCCGUCGAAGACAGAGACGAAGCUCGGAAUCAGAGCGUUCCGUCUUUGCUGCAGCUCCUGCUCCUGGCAAAGGCCCACAACGUCUCCGUCAUGUUUGACCUUUACAGUCCCGAUCAAGAGAUCGACACAGUGGAGGUGGUCAGAACCAUCCUGGUGUCUGAAAUGGACCCAAACCUGGUCUUGUGGCUUCCUCCUGCAGAACGAGACUACGUGAAAAUUGCCGCUCCGGGCUUCAUCCACGUCUACAACAACGAACACGCCAUGUUCCAAGAUGGAGGAAGCCGCCUUAAUCUGCACUGCAGCAAAUUGAGCAUGUCGAAAAUCAGGGAACUUGUGAGCCAGAACGUGACGGUGAACAUGUGGAUGGUCAACGAAUCGUGGCUCUUUUCGCUGCUGUGGUGCGCCGGGGUCAGCUCGGUCACCACAAACGCUUGCCACCUGCUCCGGGACAUGGAGCGGCCCGACUGGAUCAUGCCCCAUCGGAUGUACACAACGGUGUGGAUUACGGUGGACGUCGUCUCCAUUGUGUUGAUAAUUGGAUUGUACUUCCUCCAGGAGAAAGGUUAUUGCUGCCAAAGAGAAGAGUCAAAGGAAGAGAGGAAAAAGUUGAGUUGGAAUGAAAAUGAACUCUUGCCCUUCUUGCCAACGGUGUAGUACCCCGAGUCCAACUCCGACUGUACUACAGCUACUAAUACUGUACUGCGUUGGAGUCCCGUGGUGAAGUCAUGAAGGAAAAAACGCAUUCUCGAUCCAGAUGUUUCAUCAUUUUACAAGAUAUUGCAGUAUAAUUUGCUGUUUUAUCUUCAAUAUAGUCAGACACUUGUUUUCGUUUGAACAGUGUCUCACUGUUGUGUAACCUAAUUGAAAAGCAGUACAUAUGUUUUCACUCCUCUCGACAUUAAUCAUCCACAGAAUGCGUUUAUGUAAAUAUGAGUCACUGCCACUAAAUAUUGUUUCAUAAUAAUCCCAAUUGUGAUAUUACCUGCCCCCACGGCAACAAAAGCCAAAUGUCAACUUGACAAGUUUUCCAAUGCAAUUACAUGACAGUAUUGUUUUUUUUUUUUUUUGCAA